UAGUCGAGAGGUAAGAGAAAAUAUUGUCUUUUAGAAUUUUUUAUUUUAAACAUUUUGCAAAAUUGAUUCAUUAGUGUCGAACUACAGCAAAACCAGUAGGAGUAUUUAAAUGUGGUACAAUUACUGCUCUUAAAACAUAAAGCUGAGCUCGUGGCUCACAAAAUCAAUUUGAUUGCUUAGUGUUUGGAGAGGUGACGGAGGAAGGAAAUUUUACAAUAAACAUUGCAUAAAAUAAUAUCAAAAUUAGAUAAAAUUACUUAUGUAAGGCAGUAAACAGCCAUGGAUGGCUCUGUUCCUGAAUUUUUUAUUGUCAUAUAGAGAGGCUGGCUGUGACUCCAGGGCAUCAGCAUCUUACCCUGUUGAGCUAAAAGGAACUCUCUCCAUUUAGCUGAGCAAAGGUGGCUUCUGAUUUUAAUGGCAACUAAAUGGAUAAUAUAUUACACAGUGGCACUAUUACUCUAUCUCUGCAUCUUAGAUUUACGAGCCCUCACUACACUCUACCCUCCCGGGAGUUAUCCCAGAAAAGACACCAAAUGUUUCGAAAGACAUGUUUGUGACCCAUCUGUCUAUGUUAGGGUGUAAAAUAAAGGGGGUUCAGUGCCCCGAGUGAUUUCUUGCUGGUUACGGAGCAUUAGCUUAGGUUAGUAGAAACCCUGACCAAAGAGCUAGUCAUUCACAAAGCAAGCUGUCACACAUACUGGAGAAAAUGUGUCGUUUAGAGGAUGGGAAACUACACUUAAACCUGAAGCUUGAACUUGAGCCUGAACCCCACAUUCAUGAACUGGACUAACCAGCCUACUGAAAUGAAGAUAUCAAACAAGUUGAAAUUAAUCAUUCUUUUUUUAACAGACUCCAUAUUACUUAUUUCCUGCAGUGGAAAUGAUUUUUAUUUUGUACCAACUCCUAUGACAUGGAAUGCAGCUCAGAGCUUCUGUAGAAUCAGUAUCAACUCGGAUCUGGUAACUGUUACAAGUGAAGACAUGCAUCAGCAGCUGGUACAAAUUUCAAGAAAUUAUAGUUAUUAUAAUUAUUUUUGGGUAGGGCUCUAUAAUGACAGAAACAACUGGAAAUGGUCCAAUGGAGACAACAUAAAUUAUUCUAAUUGGAAAAGGAACUUGUUUUGUGCUUACAUCAAGGCAGAUGGAUCCUGGAUGGAUACUGUCUGUGAGUUUAGGAAGACUUUUAUUUGCUACAAAGAAACUAAUAACAUCAGUGGGAGAUAUUUCUGGAUAAAUGAGAGUAUGACAUGGAGCAGUGCUCAGAACUACUGUCGAGUAAACUACACAGACCUGGUCAGCAUAAGAAAUGAGAGUGAAAAUGAAAAGAUAAUGAAGGAAGCACAAGGUAGUCCCUUCUGGAUUGGCCUGUUCAAUGAUGGCUGGACAUGGUCUGAUGGAGGGAAUUCAGCAUUUCGAAACUGGGAUUUAAAUUGGCAUUUGAAUACUGAAGACUGGACAAGUGAAUUAUGCGGAAUGAUUAGAGUUAAUGGAGGCUGGAAUGUCUAUCAGUGCAACUAUAGAUCAUUCUUCUUCUGCAGUAACAGAGUCUGUGGACCAUCGUCUUGCACUAUAACAUAUAUUUUUGUAUCAGUUGCAUUGUCCUGGUAUGAUGCUCAGAAGUACUGUAGAUCAAAUUACACUGACCUGGUAACUGUUGAUAACCAAGCAGUCAAUAACCAGGUGAUUCAAGUCAAUGCGAAUAAUGGAUGGAUUGGGCUCAGACAUGGAAACGAUACUUGGCAGUGGUCCAAUGGAGACAAAAUAACCUACACGAAAUGGAGACCAUCCCGUUACUGUGCUCAGGUUCAAUCAGAUGGCUCCUGGAGAGAUUCAAGUUGUAGUGAGCAGAUCUCUUUCAUGUGCUACAAUGUGGCCUAUGAUGGACGAGCCCCCAGUGCUUUUCUGGAGGUUUUGGCCUCUGGAUUGUCCACUACAUGUCUGCUUCAUCCCUUCUUAAAGGACCUGAGGAGACAAAAUGGUCCUCUGCAGUGA